AUGGAUAAGGGGAAAGAAAUAAGUGGAUCAAACGAUUACGAAGUGAGUAGUCCUGAUGAACCUUAUGAAGGAUUGGAUGAAACUGCUGCCCAGAGUAUCAAGGAGUUGGCCCAUUCGUUGCUCGAAGAAUCAAGGGAAAGCACACAUGCUGUCAAGGAAGGCAUAAAUCCUGUUUUUAUGGAUGAAUCGGGUGAAAAUUACAAUCCUCAAUUAGAUCCAGCAAGUGACAAGUUUUCGAGUACAGAAUGGAUUAAAAAUAUCUCGGACAUUGUACAUUCUGAUCCAGACUUUUACAAACCAUACACAAUUGGAUGUAGUUGGAGAAAUUUAUCUGCUAUCGGUGCCUCGGUCGAUGUCGCUUAUCAAACUACAGUGGAUAAUCUACCUUGGAAAUUCUUGAGUUGGGUUUACAGGAGCCUAGCGCCUACGAAAGCGUCCAAUUCUUUUCAAAUUCUAAAACCUAUGGAUGGGAUUGUUAAACCAAGUGAAUUGUUAGUUGUGCUGGGUAGACCUGGUUCGGGGUGUACGACUUUACUAAAAUCGAUUUCGUCUAAUACUCAUGGGUUUAAAAUUACAGAAGAUUCUACGAUUUCAUACAGUGGACUUUCCCCCAAGGAUAUUAAUAAGCAUUUUAGAGGUGAAGUGGUUUAUAACCCUGAAGCUGAUAUUCAUUUACCUCACUUGACAGUUUAUGAAACUUUAGUUACUGUUGCGAGGUUAAAGACUGCACAGAAUAGAAUUAGAGGUGUGGAUAGAGAGUCGUGGGCCAGGCACAUAACCGAAGUUGCAAUGGCAACCUACGGGCUGUCGCAUACGAGAAAUACCAAGGUCGGUGGUGAUCUAGUUAGAGGUGUUUCUGGUGGUGAAAGAAAGCGUGUCUCCAUCGCAGAAGUGACGAUCUGUGGAUCCAAGUUCCAAUGUUGGGAUAAUGCUACUAGAGGGUUGGAUGCGGCAACGGCUCUAGAAUUCAUCAAGGCUUUAAGGGCACAGGCACAAAUUGUUCAAAGUGCGGCCUGUGUUGCCAUUUACCAAUGCUCCCAAGACGCAUACGACUUAUUCGAUAAGGUAUGUGUUUUGUACAGUGGUUACCAAAUCUUUUUCGGAUCUACAGGAGAGGCUAAACACUAUUUUGAGAAAAUGGGGUAUCGUUGUCCUAGCAGACAAACCACUGCAGAUUUCUUAACAUCUAUUACAAGUCCUGCGGAAAGAAUUGUUAAUGAUGAAUAUAUUGAGAAGGGUAUACAUGUGCCUCAAACACCUGAAGAAAUGUCGGAUUACUGGAGAAAUUCACCGGAGUACCAAAAACUUGUAAAGGAAGCGGAUGAAUCUAUUAAACAAGAUCAUAUUGCUGCUAUUUCCUCUAUUAGAGAAGCUCAUCGGGCUAGACAGUCUAAGAAAGCCAGAUCAGCAGAACCUUAUACCGUCAGUUAUCUCAUGCAAGUGAAGUAUUUGAUGAUAAGAAAUAUGUGGAGAAUUAAAAACAGUUACAGUAUUACUGCCUUCCAAAUUUUCGGUAAUUCUGUCAUGGCUCUUUUGUUAGGUUCCAUGUUUUACAAAGUUAUGAAACAUCCAACUACCGAUACUUUCUAUUACAGAGGUGCGGCCAUGUUUUUUGCCAUUCUUUUCAAUGCCUUUUCAUCUCUACUGGAAAUUUUCUCACUGUAUGAAGCUAGACCAAUUACUGAGAAACAUAGAACUUAUUCUCUUUACCGCCCAAGUGCAGAUGCAUUUGCCUCUGUCCUGUCUGAAAUUCCAUCAAAGAUCCUUACUGCCAUUUUUUUCAAUCUUGCAUUCUAUUUCUUGGUGGAUUUUAGGAGAAAUGCUGGUAGAUUUUUUUUCUAUUUCCUUAUCAAUAUCAUUGCAACUUUUACCAUGUCACACCUGUUUAGAUGUGUUGGUUCCCUAACUAACACUUUAACAGAAGCAAUGGUUCCGGCUUCAAUUCUUCUAUUGGGUAUGGCUAUGUACACAGGUUUUGCUAUCCCAGAGACAAAGAUGUUAGGUUGGUCUAAAUGGAUUUGGUACAUCAAUCCAUUGUCAUACCUUUUCGAAGCACUGAUGACCAAUGAAUUUCAUGAUCGUAAGUUUGCUUGUUCUACGUUUAUUCCACAUGGUGGGGAUUAUGACAAUGUUACAGGGAAGCAACAUAUCUGUGGUGUUGUGGGUGCUAUACCAGGUGAAACCUUUGUCCUUGGUGAUAAUUUUUUAAAGAAAAGCUACAAUUAUGACAUUAAGCAUAAAUGGCGUGCGUUUGGAGUUGGUAUGGCAUAUGUGAUUUUCUUUUUCUUUGUCUAUUUGUUCCUAUGUGAAGUUAAUCAAGGUGCUAAACAAAAUGGUGAAAUCCUAGUGUUCCCACAACCAGUGGUUAGGAAGAUGCGCAAACAAAAGAAAAUUAGUGCCAGAAAUUACGAUUCAAAUGACCCGGAAAAAGCUAUCGGUGCAAAUGCUAAUGAUUUAACUGACGCAACUUUAAUUAAGGAUUCAUCUGAUUCGAUGGAUGAAGGACAGGAACAAACGGGAUUGACUAAAUCAGAAGCAAUUUUCCAUUGGAGAAAUUUGUGUUACGAUGUUCAGAUAAAGUCUGAAACAAGACGUAUUUUGAAUAAUGUUGACGGUUGGGUUAAACCUGGAACAUUAACCGCCCUAAUGGGCUCUUCGGGUGCAGGUAAAACAACUUUGUUGGAUUGUCUUGCAGAAAGAGUUACUAUGGGUGUUAUCACUGGUGACAUUUUCGUUAAUGGUAAAUUGCGUGAUGAAUCUUUCCCCAGAUCUAUUGGUUAUUGUCAACAACAGGAUUUGCAUCUAAAGACGGCUACCGUUAGAGAAUCUUUACUGUUUUCAGCUAUGUUGCGUCAACCUAAGAGUGUUCCUGCUUCUGAAAAGAGAAAGUAUGUGGAAGAAGUUAUCAAGAUUCUUGAAAUGGAACCCUAUGCAGAUGCGAUUGUCGGUGUAGCUGGUGAAGGCUUAAAUGUUGAACAGAGAAAGAGACUUACAAUCGGUGUUGAACUGGUCGCUAAACCCAAAUUAUUGGUAUUUUUAGAUGAACCCACAUCAGGUUUGGAUUCCCAGACGGCUUGGUCGAUCUGUCAGUUGAUGAAAAAAUUGUCUAACCAUGGUCAGGCUAUUUUGUGUACCAUUCAUCAACCUUCUGCCAUGUUAAUGCAAGAGUUUGAUAGGUUGUUAUUUCUACAGAAAGGUGGUAAAACAGUGUACUUUGGUGAACUUGGUGAAGGCUGUAAAGUUAUGAUCGAUUAUUUUGAACGUAAUGGAGCAAAUCCUUGUCCACCCGAUGCAAACCCUGCUGAAUGGAUGCUUGAAGUUGUUGGUGCUGCACCAGGUAGUCAUGCUAAUCGCGAUUACCAUGAAGCUUGGAAGAACUCUGAAGAGUAUAAGGUUGUCCAUCAGGAAUUAGAUCGUUUGGAAAAUGAAUUGCAGGGAAUUGAUGAUGGUGACGAUGCUGAAAAGCAUAAAUCUUUUGCUACUGAUAUUUUCACACAGAUUCGGUUGGUGAGUUUUCGUCUGGCACAACAAUAUUGGAGAAGUCCCGAAUACAUAUGGCCUAAAUUUAUUGUUACAAUUGUGUGCCAACUCUUUGUCGGGUUCACUUUUUUCAAAGCUGAUAAAACCAUGCAAGGUUUACAAAACCAGAUGUUGGCGGUAUUUAUGUUCACCGUCGUUUACAACGUCCUUCUUGAGCAGUACUUGCCUAAUUACGUGCAACAAAGAAAUCUUUACGAAGCAAGGGAAAGACCAUCAAGGACUUUUUCAUGGUUUGCCUUUAUUGUGUCUCAAAUUAUAGUUGAACUUCCCUGGAAUUUCAUUGCGGGCACCGUUGCAUUUUUCUGUUAUUACUACCCCAUUGGAUUUUACCGUAAUGCAUCCGAGUCUCAUCAAUUGCAUGAAAGGGGCGCUCUAUUUUGGUUAUGGUCGACCGCGUACUACGUCUGGAUUGGAUCUACGGGUAUUUUAGCCAAUUCAUUCAUUGAAUAUGAUGUCACUGCUGCUAAUUUGGCAACUUUGUGCUAUACUCUAGCUCUAUCUUUCUGUGGUGUGAUGACUCAACCAAACCAAAUGCCACGUUUCUGGAUUUUCAUGUACAGAGUUUCCCCGUUGACGUAUUUCAUUGAUGCCACUCUGGCUAUUGGUGUUGCUAAUGUUAACGUGGAGUGCGCAGACUACGAAUAUGUCAGGUUCAGCCCACCUCAAAAUAAAACCUGUGGUCAAUACAUGCAGAAAUAUAUCAAAUCCGCUGGUACUGGUUACCUAGCCGAUCCAAGUGCUACCGAUGAAUGCAAAUUCUGUUUAAUAUCCAAAACUAAUGACUAUUUACGAAGCGUGAGUUCUACCUAUCACCACAGAUGGAGAAAUUAUGGUAUCUUCAUCUGUUACAUUGUUUUUGACUAUGCCGGUGCAGUGUUCCUGUACUGGUUGGCAAGGGUACCGAAGAAUUCAUGGAUCAAUCGUGUUCGCGAUAGAUUAAUCAAGCUUACUUCUAGAAAAGCCAAGGACUAA